AUGUCCAGAGCCAAGGGUAAGAGUUUUAUUUUUCAUUUUUCUGUUUUUAGGUUCAAGUUAGUCUAGCUGGAAGUUAUAGGCUAGUUAGAACUGGUCUUUGGGCUGGGCUAGGGCUAAAAAUUAGAGUUGUAGGUCAGCUUACCUGGCCGGCGAGGUGUGUCAAAAGUUCUGGGACAAUGAGUGUUUUGGGUAUUAUAAUCGGCUUUGAAGGUGUGACUGAGGCGUUUUUGGUCAAUAUUUUGAUUUAAAGUUUAGUGGCUUUUAAUUUAGGGUUAAAGUAUGAUUAAAAAGUUUAAUUGUAAAGAUAGUCCGAGAACUUUUAGACCACUAAACGAACUUUUAUACCUAUUUUUAGUUCAAAAAUCUUUUAAAAAAGCCAUUUUUAGUCCGUUUUCGUUAGAUUUUUCAACAUUUCUGAACUUUUUUGGCUAGUAUAACAUCUGAUAUGGUUAAUAUAGCAUCUUUUAUGACAAAUUUUUUAUAAUAGUAGGUAGUAAUAGGUAUUAAAAGCUUCCCUUUUUCAGAUAUUUUCAUUGUCAGUGCCAAAAGAACGGCAUUCGGAACGUACGGCGGCAAAUUAAAGGGCAAAAACGCGACAGAAUUGGCCGAAUACGCAGCACGUGGAGCGCUGAAUGCUGCCGCGGUUGAUCCACAACACAUUGAUCAUGUUAUCAUUGGUAAGGAAUUUUGUUUUUUAUUGUGUUUUAGGGUUUGUUAAGAAAUUUAUGGAUAAUUGAUGGACUGUAAAGAAAGUUAUUGCGAUUUAUUGGUUUGUAAACAAAGUUUUUGCCAUUUUUUGUUCUGUAAAGAAAGUUUUUGCUGUUUCACAUUGAAUUUUUGAAGUUUUUCGUACUGCAGCCUGCAGAAGACAAGUUAUACGACAAAACACAAUUUUCAUCAGUGUAUGAAUAACAUUUUGUCAUUUUUUAAAUACAUGAAUAUUAUUUUAGGUAAUGUAAUGCAGUCCUCGAAAUGCGCGGCUUACCUUUCCAGACAUGUGUUACUGAAAGUUGGUAUUCCAAUUGAAAAGCCGGCUGUCACUAUUAACAGACUCUGUGGAUCCGGCUUCGAAUCCGUCGCGCAGGCUGCUCAGGUAAGGUUUUUUGGGUUUGGUACAGUGUUUUGCCGGACCGGGUCCGUUUCGGUCCGGAUUUUCAAAAAUUGCAAGAUUGAAAAUAACUUUUAAGCUUAUGGUUUGAAGUUUUAAAAAAUAAAUAACUUUUGUGAAGGUCCGUCUCAUACAAGUUCCUCGCUAAACAUUUGGCCGGACCGAAUCGGUCUUGCCGGUCCGGGCGGUCCAUUUCGGUAAUAACUUGAUAACCAAAGACGGACCUUCACAAAAGUUAUUUAUUUUUUAAAACUUCAAACCAUAAGCUAAAAAGUUAUUUUCAAUCUUGCAAUUUUUGAAAAUCCGGGUCGGAUCGGUCCGGCGAAACACUGGUUUGGUGUUGUAUAAAUAAUGGCAUUUAUGAAAUUUUGGACAUUGCUUUUGUCGAUUUUGCUGUUUUUAUUUUUUUAGGUAACAAAUUUUGGUUUUUUGACGGUUUUAGGUAUAAAAAUGAGUUGGAAAAUGUAUCUGGAAAGAAAGUUUUUGGCAUAUUUGAUUUAUAUUGAUAUAGUUUUUGAACUUUUUAUAGUUUUUUGAAGUUUAAAAAUGAUUUUUUUAGCAAAUUAUCGCCGGAGAUUCAGAAGUCGUUUUGGCUGGAGGUACCGAAAACAUGUCUCAAGGACCAUUCGUAGUACGACAAGGACGUUUUGGUAUCCCACUUGGUGCUAAGGUCGAGGUAAGUACUACUUUUCAUAUUUUUUUUAAAUUUGAAAUUUUGAAUUUUAAAGUCUUUUUUUCAAAAUUUACAACUUUCUUCAAUUUUUUUUGUUUUUCAACCAAAAUUUAAAUAUUUUUCAAAAUUUUUUAGUUUGAAGACGCGUUAUGGGCUGCUCUCACCGACCAGUACACCCAAAUCCCAAUGGGCGUGACGGCCGAAAAGCUGGGCGCCAAGUAUAAGGUAACGAGAGAAGAGGUCGACGCUUAUGCCCAUAACUCACAAACCAGAUGGAAGUUGGGUAAGAUUGUAUGAAUUAAUGAAAGAACAUUUAUUUUUGUAUCAGAGAAUGAUUUUUUUUAAAUUUUGGGUUAGUCGGAUCUAAAGUUAUGAACGUUUUUGCACGGUGCAGUCUUAUUUGCGGGUUUCGCCGUGAAGCACUUUUAAUGGAGUUUUUCAGUUGUUUAGCUAUAUGAAAAUAUUCGAAGUGGUAAAAUAAUGAAAGGCAGUUUACUUUUGCACCAGAAAAAGGAUUUUUUAAUAUUUGUUGUCAGUUGGGUCAUAAGUUAUGACAGUUUUUGCACGGUGCAGUCUUAAAUUUGGGAAUGCGCUUCGAAUUUUUAAGACUUUAUGGGAGAUUAGCUAUCUGAAAAUGUUUAAAGUGGUAAAAUAUUUAAAUGCCGUUUAUUUGUGUACCAGGAAAUGAUUUUUUUUAAAUUUCUGUUUAGUUUGUGGUUCAAAAGUUGUUAGCUUUUUUGCACGGUGCAGUCUUAUUUGGGUGUUUUGCCGUGAAACACUUUUAAUGGAGCUCUUGAGAUGUUUAGCUAGAUGAAAACAUUUGAAGCGGUAAAUAAUGAAAAGCCGUUUAUGUUUGUACCUAAAACAGAAUUUUUUAUAAAUCUUGGGUUUUUUGGUUUAAAAGUUAUGAGCAUUUUAGCACGGAGCUUAUUUUAGACGGUUUUUUGAUUUUUUAAAUGUUUUGAAGAUUUUCUUAUCUUUACUGUCUUGUGAAAUGCUUUUUUUACCCUUUACAUUGUCUAACUUCUCAUAUUUUAGCCAACAACGCAGGCUACUUCAAAGCCGAAAUCGAGCCACUAAAACUGAAAUCCCGAAAAGGAGAAGAAUCCUUUGAAGUCGAUGAACAUCCCCGUGAAACCACCACAGAAGCCUUGGCUAAGUUGCCCCCAGUUUUCCAAAAAGAUGGACUAGUAACAGCCGGUAACGCUUCCGGCGUUUCAGACGGAGCCGCCGCCGUAGUUGUAGCCAGUGCCGAAGCCGUUCAAAAGUACAAACUUCAGCCAUUGGCGCGGCUGGUCGAUUGGAGAUCGGUCGGCUGUGACCCAUCAAUAAUGGGUAUUGGUCCAGUCGGAGCCAUUGAAUGGAUUCUGAAGAAACACAAACUCAGCUUCGACGAUAUUGACCUAGUUGAGGUGCGUCUUCGGCUAUUUUUUUAUGAUUUGUUACCUAGUUUUUGAGAAUCAUUGUUUAGAGAAAGAUGUAAAAGGAUCUCCUUGAUCAUAUACAAUCUUUUAUCUAUUCAAAAAUUCGAUUUAUCACCCAAAAACCACUAAAAUCAAUAUUGUUUUAGGUAAACGAAGCCUUCGCCGCCCAAGUUUUGUCAGUCCAAAAAGCCCUCCAGAUUCCAAACGAAAAACUGAACGUAAAUGGCGGUGCCAUCGCCCUAGGACAUCCAUUGGCAGCUUCCGGAUCCAGAAUCAUCGCUCAUUUGUCGCACGAACUCCAACGCCGCAACGGCAAAUACGCCAUCGGAUCGGCUUGCAUUGGCGGCGGCCAAGGCAUUGCGGUUCUAUUGGAAAGAGUCUAAACUUGUCAUAAAUUAAUUUCGUUAUCUAGAAUAAAGUCGGAACGUGAAUUUUGGGAUUUUACAUGGUAAUUUUCGGCGUUUGGUACAGAAAAUACUGGAUUGAGUUAGGUCCCACCACGAAAAAUUGAGGUUGCGAAAAUUGUUUGGCAUUCUGUUUUAUUAUGUGAUUUUUUAAUAAAAUAUUACUUUAGGAGGGAAAAGUAUUGUAAGUAGACAGUUUUUGAGCAUUUAAAACUUGUUUUGUUAUUUGUAAGUUGUUUAAAAUAUUUAUUAUAUUAGCUUUAACAUUUUAGCUUGCAGUUAUGAAGGAUAUUAAAUCUAAUAUGGCUUUAAAAUCGUGCUGUUUCAGAUCAAACUGGCCGCGGCUGUGAAGAAAGGUGUUGCCGGUUUUGUGGCUUUUGAAGUAGCUGCUUUAGCUAUUUCAUACGGUACAUUUGUUCAGUUGAGACGAAACGAAUCAGCUCGAAAGUAUUUGCACGACCAUUGCCCGGUUAUCUUGAACUUGUAUUAUAAAUCGGAAGACUUGAUCUCCGGAAACCAUCAUUCAGGACAAGCCAGAAAGCAUCUUGAUAGAAAGCUCUGGAGUGGCGAACAAAAGGAACCAGAAGUUGUUUAG